AUGGAGAAAAUCGGCAACGAUCAGUGGACGGCUGAAGGGGUCUCUUCCGCUUUCAAGGUCUCCAUACCACAGAAACAGACUGGACGAUUGUAUACCGAGAGCUGCGGAUUUGGAUGGCGAUUCACGUACGGCACAAUGCCACGGAAUACUCGUUUCAAUAACUCCAACAGUACUUGGAGAACUGGCGAACAACCUACUCUCUAUCUAGGUUUUGAUCCGUACUGCUUGAGCGGCUCAAACUUGGGCUCGGUGGUAGUCAAGACCAGAUGCACGAAUAGUCAGGCUGCUCAGGACUGCCUUUUCACCGCCUCUCUCUCAACCAACUAUUCGUCUUAUGACAACUACGCCGCCGCCUAUAUUCAGGGAGUGGAGACGUGUACCUUCACCUUUGACACCGUCGAGCUCCUACAAACCGCUAUCGUCACCUUUUCCCUGUCAUUCUCAUCAUGUCCCGACGUUCAUCUGCCUGUUCGUCCUCCUCCAAGCGCCACACAAAAGUCGAUAUUACGCACUCUAGGAAGCGCCGUCUCAGGUGCUGACCUAAACGACGUGGAGUUCGUCCUUCCUUCUUUCAAACGGAAUGGGAACGCCGUAGAGUACAAAGCGGUCUACGGAAACCGGGAGGCCUUGAAGGGCGUAUCUGACUACUUGGAUACAUUGCUUUUCGAUGAACACUUCGCCGAGAGCAAGCCUCAGCCCUUCGCUCAGUACUCGCGAGACGCGCCCUCGCAUGAGCUGGACUACGCAGAUGACAGUGACAUUGACGGAGAUGAGAGUUGGGCGGCGAUUGCAAGUCGGAAAAAGAAGCGUGCGCUGAAGCCAGGCAAGAAGGUCGGAUCCCCCAGUUCGUCCACGGGGACGCAGAAUGAGGUUAUCAAUGGUCCUCUGGAGGUAGGAAAAGAGGAGCCGGACGCGGCAGACGGUGCUGCGGGUCGCAAAGGGAGGGUAGUCCGCAUCAACGACUUUGCCUAUCAGACCUGGAGAUCUCUCGUACUCUACCUGUACACGGGCGAAAUUACGUUCUGUGCGCUCAAGUCGAGCGGAACCCGCCAAGAGAGCUGGGAGCUACCGCCGACGGCGUGCUCGCCCAAGUCGAUGUAUCGUGUCGCACACAUGUUGGAGAUGAAGGAACUUCAAGACGUGUGCUUGCAGAACAUCAAAUCCCAGCUGGACCCGAAGAACAUCGUGCGGGAAUUAUUUUCCGUGUUUACCUCGAGGUAUACGGAAGUGCGAGACAUGGAAGUCGCCAUCUUCAAGACGCACUACACGGCGUGCGCACAAGAGAGAAAGAGGAUGAUGUUGAAGGUGGCGAAAGGGGAGUUACCGCAUUGCGGGGAAGUCGUAAACGCGUUCAUGGACCUUCUGGCUUAG